AUGUCCAAAUUCACUCUUGCCGUCGUGGCGGGAACUUCCGCUGCCAUCGGUGCUGCAACCACUGCCGCAGUGUAUGGCCUGAGCAAGCGAAACGAAACCAUAGCUCCCACCACCACCACGACACCGACACCGACGGCACCCUCUCGUACCGGUCCUCUAGCUCCCGCCCCGGUGGGAUUUCCCCGAGAAAGCUCACUUCCCAUCCCACCGCCAGUAGAUCCAGCCGGCCUCUUUCAAUAUGGCUUCCCUGGACCAGUCUCCGACCUUCGCAAUGCGCCUUCCCUCACAUCCGCUUACAACCGUGCGACACGGAAUCCCCACUGGGUCGCCGAGCACAUCACACCCGCUAGCCUGCUGAUGCAGAACGGCGACAGAAGGCACUCGCAAUUCGUGGAAGACAUGGAGAUUCCAGAGAAGUUCCGCGCGAAGCUGAAAGAUUACUUUCGCAGUGGAUAUGACCGUGGACAUCAAGUCCCUGCGGCGGAUGCCAAAUGGAGCCAAGAAGCUAUGAAUUCGACGUUUGCUCUGUCAAACAUGUGUCCACAAGUUGGCGAGGGCUUCAACCGCGACUAUUGGGCGCAUCUGGAAGACUUCUGUCGAAGAUUGACCUCUUUCUACCCUUCUGUUCGCAUCGUUACGGGACCUCUUUACCUCCCCAAACGUGAAGCGGAUGGCAAGUGGAGAGUCUCGUAUGAAGUCGUGGGUCACCCUCCCAACGUCGCGGUUCCCACGCACUUUUACAAGGUCGUUUUCGCAGAGGACGGCAAGACGGGUGGCGCUGUCAGUCUGGCAGCCUUCGUCCUUCCAAACGACAGAAUCCCAAACGACAAACCCUUGCAGGAUUUUGAAGUGCCGAUUGAGGCUGUUGAGAGGGCAUCUGGUCUGGAGUUUGCAAGUCUUUUGCCGCCUGCGAGGCGGAAGCAGUUGUGCAAGGAGGUCAAUUGCUCCGUUAUCAUCAAAGAAUAUGCUCAACGCCAAAAGACCAUGACCUCUCCUGCACCGCAGAAGGGAACGCCUCCUGCCACAACGCUGACGCAACGAUGA